AUGUCCGACGAGGAGGAAGUGUAGUAAGUUUUUCUUCUAUUUCUUAGAGCAGCUUCAGAAUUUUAAAAAGUGAUUAAAGCUUCUGAAGACGGUUUUUUUUCAGCGAGGAUGAGGAGGUAGAGGAAGAAGAAGAAGUCGAGGAGACUGCCGAAGAGCCAGAAGACCAGUGAGUAACUCUUGCAACUGAUCAUUUUCAAGGGAAACUUGUAGAGAAGAGGCUACUGAGGAGGUUGCUGCUCCACCGGCACAGGAAGAAAAGUGAUUGCAACUAUUUUUGUUCUGAAAAUUUAUAAUGGAUUUGCAGGCCUCGUCCACGUCCUCCUCAACAAGAGGAAAAGCCUGCUGCUGAAAUGACCGAAGCAGAGGCUGCCAUGCUUGUCCGUUUUUCAUUUAUCUUGCCUUUUUUUUUCGAAAUUUCAGCAAUAACAAAACUUUCCAGGCAGCAAAGAAACGCCACGAAGAAGAAGAAGCCGCUAAGCUUUUGGACUACGAGCAGCGUCGCGUCCUCGAGAAAGAGCAAAUUGAGCAGGAACUCCGCGAGUUGAAGGAGAAACAGGAGAAACGCCGUGCUGAGCGCGAAGAGGACGAGCGUCAGUUCGCCGAGCGACGUCGUCAAGAUGAGGAGCGCCGUCGCAAGGAAGAAGUUAGUAUCUGCGAUAUAACUAAGAACAUUUUGAUUUUCAGGAAGAUCGCAAGGCACGUGCUGACGCCGAGAAAGUUCGCAAGAACGAGGAAAAGAUCCGCCGCCAACAGAUGAUGGCUGGUUCGUUCGCUGGAGGCCAAGCCACCGGCUCCGGCAAGAACUUCAUUGUCACCUCUAAGGGCGAGCAGGCCGCUCAGUUCGGAAACUUGGCACAGGUAUCAAGACAUCGGAAAUGCUGUUUUAGUUUUCGUGUACUUCAGGCUAAGGGAAAAGACGCUGUCAGCAAGGAACAGCUGGAGGAGGCAAAGAAGAACUUCUUGGCUGCCGUUUGCCGCUCCGUCGACGUGUCUGGACUCAUGCCCAACGACUUGAAAGAUAAAAUCAAGCAGCUUCAUCAACGCAUAGUCAAGCUUGAAGCUGAGAAGUACGACUUGGAGAAGCGCCGCGAGCGUCAGGAUUACGAUGUGAGUUUCAUUUUAGACUCUAAAUCAGCUAAAAAGUUGUAUUUACUUGAAACUCGAAGAUUGAUAAUCAAAUUUCAGCUGAAAGAACUGAGCGAGCGUCAGCGCCAAGUUGCUCGCAACAAGGCUCUGAAGAAGGGACUUGACCCUGAGGAAGCUGCUGCCUCCAACCACCCUCCCAAGAUCACCACUGCUUCGAAGUUCGACAGACAGACCGACCGUCGCUCUUACGGCGACCGCCGCACCCUCUUCGAAGAGCCUGUGGUCCAGAAGCAGCCGAGCCUCGCUCGCGGAACGGCGCGACCUCCACCAGAGUGGGGCCGCCGUACCAACGAAGAGCUUGAGCAGAUCCGGUGAGUUGUGUUCUCAUAAGCUUUCAAUACGUUAAAUAAUCAUUUCAGCAAGAAUCUGGAGCCGCCAAAGUACGUCGAACAAGUGAAGGUUGAAGACGCUCGUCCUCCAGUUGAAGCCAGACCUCUUCAGUUGCCUGAUAAGGACUUUGAAGACGAACCAGCCCAGGUUUCUUCCUUUGGAAGACGACUCAUAUUGAUUUUUUCCAGAUCCAAGAAGAUCCAAACUUGGGAGAAGAAGUUGAAGUCCAAUGA